AUGUCGCAGCCUCAGGAUGAUAAUGUGAUGCGAAGGAAGCUUGUGAUAAUUGGCGAUGGUGCUUGUGGAAAAACCAGUUUACUCAGUGUCUUUACGCUCGGAUACUUCCCCACUGUGCCCACGGUAUUCGAAAACUACGUGACGGAUUGCCGAGUCGACGGACGCUCGGUCCAAUUGGCUCUUUGGGAUACAGCAGGACAAGAAGACUACGAGCGUUUGCGACCAUUGGCAUAUUCCAAGGCCCAUGUUAUCCUCAUUGGAUUCUCGAUGGAUACUCCAGAUUCGUUGGAGAACGUGAAACAUAAGUGGAUCGAAGAAGCAAACGAGCGCUGUCCUGGUGUGCCGAUCCUGCUAGUCGGAUUGAAGAAGGACCUACGCGAAGACCCACUAGCGAUUGAAGAAAUGCGCAAGAAGUCCUUGAAGUUCGUGACAACGAAAGAGGGCAAUGAUAUCGGCGCAUCAAUUGGAGCUCGCAAAUACCUCGAAUGCUCAUCCCUGACAGGCGAAGGCGUCGACGAUGUCUUUGAAGCAGCUACCCGUGCCGCGCUGCUCACGUUCGACAAGCGCAAAAGUUCAUGCUGUGUGGUUAUCUGA